AUGAAUUCCGAUUCAAAAGCGGUAAGUUUGGGUCCGAAAAUUCGCCUUUUUUGUAUUUUUAUGGACAUCAUUUGGUCAAAAGGAGUUGAAGUGAACAAGUGGACGUCAAUUUCAUGUGGAUAUGAAAAUGGCGUUGGUUGUCUUAAAGUGGGAAAUUUAUCGCAAAUUAGCCAAUUAACAAUUAACCUUAUACACUAUAUGGUUUGGGACACGAAUUUGUACAUUGGCGGCUAUGACUAUCACAUUACAAUGAACAAGGAAGUAGGAGCUGACAGAGGUUUUGAUGGAUGCAUUUCAGACUUCGAAGUUUUAUCUCAAAAGAUUGAUAUGCGUAGUGCCAUAAAUAGUGCUAAUAUCCAGUACUGUGAAGAAACAGUUCCUGAAGUGCCAUCAAAUCAGCCAGUUCAGGAACAUGAAUGUUCAGGCCGCAAUUGUAAAGUUGUUUAUGUUGAUCCAUGUUCAGUACAGAAUCCAUGUGAAAACAAUGGCAUUUGCGAGAAUAAUGGCAACACAAAGAUUUGCCACUGCCCGAUUCAUUUCACUGGAGAAUAUUGUCAGCACAGUGCACCAGUCACAUAUUCAAGUCAAUAUACAGGAAACAGUUACAUUGAAUUGAAUAAAUCAACUAUAGUAAAGAGUCCCGCCGAAGAAUAUAUUUCAUUGGUUGUCUCAUUCUCGACCAUGGAACCAAACGGAUUAUUGAUUUGGUAUGGACAACCCAAUGGCGUUGCACAUAAUGGACAAGAUUUCAUCGCUUUAGCGGUUGUUGGUGGUUUCUUGGAAAUCACAUUCCUCUUUAGUGGCAAUGAAAGAAGUGUCCAAAUUCAUACCCGUGUUGAUGAUGGAAUGCGUCACAACGCUGUUUUAUAUCGAAAUGGUAACAGUGCUAGCGUAAUAUUUGACAACAAAAGGAUAUUCCUUGAAACAUUACAACCAACGAAAAGCUAUCUUGAUUUUUCCGGCAACAUCUUUAUUGGUGGUGCGCUGAAUAUAGGAGAAUUUACUGGAAAUCGUUACGUGCAUGGAUUCAAAGGCUGCAUUGUCGUUUACGAUGAAAAUGUUCCCUUAAACAUGUCCAAUAGCGAUGUCAGUGGAUAUAAUAUCAUCCCUUGCUCCGAAUCAUGUUUAGAAAAUUCAAGGCAUUGUGUUGAUGGCACUGUGUUGACAACUACAUCUGCAACACCAACUAAAGACUUUGAACUAGUCACCAUUUAUUCAGAAGAAGAAGUUGAUAUAAACAAGUGGACAUUAAUUUCACUUGGAUAUGAAAACAGCGUUGGUUUCCUUAAAGUUGGCAAUUCACAAAAAAUCAUCCGACAUGCGAUAAAACGCUUCAAUAAUAUUCAAUUGGGGAAGAAUUUGUACAUUGGCGGCUUCGACAAUCGCAUUACGUUGAAUAUGGAAGUAGGAGCUAACAGAGGCUUUGAUGGUUGCAUUUCAGAGUUGGACAUUUUUUAUCAAAAGAUUGACAUGAUCAAUAGCAUAAAGGAUAGUGCUAAUGUGCAAAAUUGUGCAUAUAAUGGUCCUGAAGCGCCAGUACAAUCGAUUCCACAAUUACAUUCGGUUCCAUCAGUACAAUCGAGUACCGAGGUUUGCAGCCCUGGCUAUUCUGGCUACAAUUGCGACAAAAUUAUUGAUCCAUGUUUAGCAUACGAUUUAUGUGAAAACAACGGCAUUUGCGAGAGUAAUGGUAACACAAGUAUUUGCGAUUGCCCAAUUCAUUUCACUGGAGAACAUUGUCAGCACAGUGCACCAAUCACAUUUUCAAGCCAAUAUAGAGGCACUGGUUUCAUUGAAUUGAGGAGAUCUGCUCAGCUGAUAGCAUACAGCCAAAAUACAAUGUCAUUGGGUAUCUCAUUCUCGACCAAGGAACCGAACGGUUUAUUGAUGUGGAUUGGACAAAUCAAGGGCAUUGCAUACAAUGGACAAGAUUUCAUCGCUUUAGCUGUUGUUAAUGGUCUCCUGGAACUCACAUUUCAUUUGAGUGGCCAGACAAGUUUUGUUAGAUCUGAUACACGUGUCGAUAAUGGUGUAUUUCAUGUUGCAAUUUUAGAACGUCGUAGUAAUCGCUUCACUCUCAAACUUGACUACUUAUCGUUUAAUGGAGAAACAAUUUACGGGAACCAUAACUUACUUGGCAACAUAUUUAUCGGUGGUGCACCCGAAAUAA